CUUUAAGCGCCUUUCACUCAUAAAAUUGAGGAAUAAAUGGCUGCUCCGGCAGUGGAGGGCGUAGCAGUGGCGGCGCUCCGGUCGGUGAUUCUCCGGGUCCGCCAAGCCGCGGAGCGAUCGGGGACUCUACCCGAACGGGUCCGGGUCGUGGCUGUAUCCAAAACAAAACCCGUCUCUCUCAUCCGCCAAGUAUACAAUGCUGGUCAUCGCUGCUUCGGCGAGAACUAUGUCCAAGAAAUCAUUGAAAAAGCUCCUCAGCUGCCGGAGGACAUAGAGUGGCAUUUCAUCGGGCAUUUGCAGAGCAACAAAGUUAAAACACUACUUGCUGGAGUCUCAAAUCUGUCCAUGUUCGAGGGUGUAGAUAAUGAGAAGAUUGCAAAUCAACUUGAUCGGGUGGUUUCAACCCUUGGAAGGAACCCAUUGAAGGUCAUGGUCCAGGUGAACACCAGUGGUGAAGCAUCAAAAUCUGGCGUUGAACCUUCAGGCUGUGUAGGGCUUGCGGAACAUAUAAAAUUACAUUGCUUGAAUUUGGAAUUUUCUGGCUUAAUGACCAUAGGGAUGCCAGACUAUACAUCCACUCCAGAAAACUUCCAGGCACUAUUAAACUGCAGACGCGAGGUCUGCAAAGCUCUAGGCAUGCAAGAGGAACAGUGUGAACUCUCAAUGGGCAUGUCUGGUGACUUUGAACUUGCACUGAGGUCAUUCUUCUUCCCUGCAGAUUGAAAAGGGCAGCACCAACGUGAGGAUUGGUUCAACCAUAUUUGGACCGCGGGAGUACGCAAAGAAGCAGCAGAAUUAGGGUUGUCAAUUUUUUUUUUUAAUUCAUAUCGCUUGAACAAUCAGUAUAUGUUGGUGUAACAGUUAUAUCCAGGAACCCUGGGAAAACAUUCUACUUUGUUGAAUAUAAAUCAAUGUCAUUGCUAUUCAGCAGGA